CCGGUCAGUUGUAAUUUCUAAAAUAUAUAUUUUUUAUUUUGUUCAAUAAAACUCGAAUACUAUCGAUAUUACCUAUUAUUGGAAGAAAAAUGGAUAGUCAAAGUAUAAGGCCAGAACCAAGUGAGCCAAAGAAUGGACUUGACUGCAAUAAUUCUUUCGAAAAUGUAACCUCAGCCCCAGUCAAUGCAAAAGAAUAUGCAGCUGCUGUGAGGACUUGGAUUUGGCAAUAUCACAUGUGGAAUCAAAUGAAUAUGAUGUCUAGUAUGAUGCCAUUUCAUGCAAUGAGUUGUAUGAAUGGACAGAAUAUGAGAUUGAACAAUCUUCAGCCACCCGCCUCUCCAUACAUCGCUCACCAGAUACCGCAGCAGAAUGAUGUGAAUAGACGACCUGCUGUGCGCCAGCAAACAGACCAAGCUCCACAGCAGUUUGCAAGUAUAGACUACAAAAUCCCUUCAAUAUGGAAAAGACUAUUUGCAGAAUUCAUUGACUUUCUGCUCCUUUUCAUCGUCAAACUGGGUGCAACAAUGAUUGCCAUUGAUAAGUUUGGAUACACGAACCUAGAGAGGUAUGAUCUAGACUACAUGAUGCUAUUGAGCAGUGAAGAAGUGGACCCAGAGAAGAUUCUCAGUCUCAUGAAUGAACUCAUAGCUGUCGAAGUCCUGAAUAGAAUCUUUGUCAUAAUUUUUGAAACAUUUUGCUUACACAGAGGCAUGGUGAAUGAAAUUGGAGGCCAAACUCCUGGGAAGAGAAUCGCAGGAAUCCGAGUUGUGUCAUGUGACCAUGUGUUAGAGCUGCCCAAUAGUGUUAUAAGAGUUGUCCCAAAUGGGAAUAUAGGCAUUUGGAAUGCACUGGUCAGAAGUACAAUUAAAAACUUUUCGAUGGCAUUCUUUUUCCCUGUUUGCUUCACAUCAUUGUUUUUCCAACAUAAAAGAUCUGCCUAUGACCUCCUCUCCAGCAGUAUGGUUGUGGAGGAUAUCCCCAUACCAAGAAGAAGAAGAUAAACACUCAGUACUGUCAAAUUAAAGCAAAACAGUACAACUUAUUUACAAUCAAAAAAUGUAAAAAAAUAGUCUUGCGUCAAGUCAAGAUGGUUAGUAAGUUACACUCAGAAGGAAUUGAUGCAGGACUAGUUUUGAUGGUACAUAUGUGUAUUUAUCUCCAAUUCUUGUUGCAAAAUUUUAUUGUAGUAAUUCCACUUGGGAAGUAUCUAUGAUCAGUCAGUGACAUAAGCUCUACUAUAUUUCACAUGAGGGAAAUCUGGUACACUCCAUAUUGGUUGAGAAUACAAUUAUUCUGGACUUGAAUUUGUCAAGUAGGUUGGUUAGAGCACAGUGAAAAUAUUUCUCAUUAUUAGUUGGUGUGAUUUACUUACUGAAAACGAAUUUUCAAUACACAUGACUGAAAGACACUCAAGAAUUACUUUAUAGAAGACAUAAAUGAGUGAUUUGUUGCUGAAUGAUGAUAGAACUCAUCCUUGGUCCAAAGGUAU